AUGGGCGCCGACAUUAACGUUGAUGUCCUUGUCAUUGGCAUGGGACCUACCGGUCUCGGUGCUGCCAAGCGACUGAAUCAAAUUAACGGUCCUUCAUGGCUGAUUGUCGACUCUUCCGACAAGGCUGGUGGUCUUGCCGGCACUGACACCACCGACGAGGGCUUCCUGUACGAUGUGGGCGGUCACGUCAUCUUCUCCCACUACCAGUACUUCGAUGACUGCCUCGACGAGGCUUUGCCCAAGGACGAUGACUGGUACACCCACCAGAGAAUCUCCUAUGUUCGCUACAAGGGCCUCUGGGUGCCAUACCCCUUCCAGAACAACAUCUCUAUUCUCCCCAAGGAGGAUCAGGUCAAGGCUAUCGAUGGCCUUAUUGACGCUGCCAUGGAGUGCCGCGUCUCCAACACCAAGCCCAAGGAUUUUGACCAGUGGAUUCUGAGAAUGCAGGGCGAAGGUAUUGCUGAUAUGUUCAUGCGCCCUUACAACUACAAGGUCUGGGCCGUUCCCACUACCAAGAUGCAAUGCGAAUGGCUCGGUGAGCGUGUCGCUGCCCCAGAUAUCAAGACUGUGACAAAGAACGUCAUCCUCAAUAAGGUUGCCGGCAACUGGGGCCCUAACGCUACCUUCCGAUUCCCUGCCCGCGAUGGUACUGGUGGCAUCUGGAUUGCUGUCGCCGAGACCCUCCCCAAGGAGAAGAAGCGCUUCGGCAAGCAGGGUGAGGUGACCAAGGUGGACGCCGAGAAGAAGAUUGUCCACUUCGCCGACGGCACCACCAUUGGCUACGGCAAGCUGGUCAACACCAUGGCCGUUGAUCAUCUCGCUGAGAAGAUGGGCAACCAGGAGCUCAUGACUUUGACCAAGGAUCUCUUUUAUUCCACCACUCACGUCGUUGGUGUCGGUAUCCGUGGUGAGCGCCCUGAGCGCAUCGGUGACAAGUGCUGGCUGUACUUCCCCGAAGACAACUGCCCCUUCUACCGUGCCACCAUCUUCUCCAACUACUCUCCCUACAAUCAGCCUCAAAAGGAUGCCAAGCUGCCCACUCUGUACCUCGCUGACGGUACCAAGACCUCCUCAGAAGCCAAGGAGGGCCCCUACUGGUCCAUCAUGCUGGAAGUUUCCCAGUCUUCUAUGAAGCCCGUGGAUGUUGAGAACUUGCUCAAGGACAGCAUCCAGGGUUUGAUUAACACCGAGAUGCUGAAGCCCGAGGACGAGAUCGUCUCCACCUACCACCGUGCCUUCGACCACGGUUAUCCUACUCCUUCUCUGGAGCGUGAGGGCGUCUUGAAGCAACUUCUGCCCAAGCUCCAGGACAUGGACAUUCUGUCCCGUGGCCGAUUCGGCAGCUGGAGAUACGAAGUUGGUAACCAGGACCACUCCUUCAUGCUGGGUGUCGAGGCUGUGGACCACAUUGUCAACGGCGCUGUUGAACUGACACUCAACUACCCUGACUUCGUCAACACUCGCAAGAACACCGAGCGACGUUUGGCACAGUCUUUCAACUUUGCCAGCUCAGCUCAGACCAAUGGCACCAAGCCUACUACCAACGGCACCACUGAUCUGCCCAGCCGUGAGCGUGCUUCCUCCAAGGUCUCUGCUUCCGGUGGUCACAGCCGCAAGUCCUCCAAGCAGGUCAAAUAA